AGUCUGUGCAGCUCAACAGCUCCCGGGCGGACUGCUGGGUGCUGGGUUAGGCCCCGGCCAGCGUGGCCGCAGCGCCAAGCGCUCCGUCCAGUCCGCCUCCAUCUGUCAACUGCGAUGAGAUGUUGAGGGGGAAACAAGCGGUCGUCCUAGUUUUUCCUCGGUCAUCCUAUUCGAGUGGUCCCGUGAGCUCCACCAUGGCUCGCGGCUGCGUCUGCUGCGUCAAGUACAUGCUCUUCCUCUUCAACCUGCUCUUUUGGCUGGGCGGGUGCGGCCUGCUGGGCGUAGGCGUGUGGCUGUCGGUGUCGCAGGGCGACUUCGCCACGCUGUCGCCGUCCUUCCCGUCGCCGUCGGCCGCCAACCUCGUGGUCACGCUGGGCGCCGUCGUCAUGGUGACGGGCUUCCUGGGGUGCUUGGGCGCCAUCAAGGAGAACAAGUGCCUCCUCCUCAGCUUUUUCAUCGUCCUGUUGAUCAUCCUGCUGGCCGAGCUCAUCCUCCUCAUCCUCUUCUUCGUCUACACCGACAAGGUGGGCGAGAACGCCAGACGGGAUCUGAAAGACGGGCUGGUCUUGUACAACACGGACAACAACGCCGGCCUGAGGGACGCCUGGAACGCCAUCCAGGAGGAGUGGCGCUGCUGCGGCGUGACGAGUUCCAGCGACUGGCACGCGGCGCUCCAGGUCAACGGCGUUCCCGACAGCUGCUGCCAGCUCGUCCGCUUGGGGUGCGGGCGCAACGCUUCCGACACCUUGUGGACGCGGGGCUGCUACGAGAAGGUGGAGGAGUGGCUGGACGACAACAAGCACCUGCUGGGCACCGUCGCCAUGUGCGUGCUGGUCAUUCAGCUCCUCGGCAUGGCCUUCUCCAUGACGCUGUACCAGCAGAUCCACCGCGCCGGCAAGAAGUACCGAGCCUGAGCCGGUACAUUCUACGUUCGCCGGACAGCGUAGCCGCACCUCAAUAUUUACAAACGUACGUUACUCCUUUUUGUUUGCAAUAACACUGCAUUCAUUUAUUAACGAGUAAUCACUUUUAUACCCAAAAUAUUUCUUACCAGUGUUAAGUCUCCUGACAUGUUCAAUAAAAGCAUACAGUCUA